ACACAUAAGUCUAUUGCCCCUUUCAUUCAAUUGGUGAUCCCAAAGUUGAGCGGGUGGAGAAGAAGUGAGAGAUGACCAUCCAAAUUCCACCAACAUUUCCUCCUCCACACGCUUCCCUCAACCUCUCCUCUAAGCACCUCUACGGCGGCGUCACGCCUGUCGGUUUUCCUUCCUUCUCCCGCCGCAUCCCGGCCAUUCGCUGCCAACUUUCCGACCACCAAACGGUACCUCAAGUGGCACUUCCACCCAAAACAAGUAGAAUUAAUAGGUCGUUGUUGUCUGUUUCAGAGACAUGCUCCGAAGCCGAGCUCUGGGCCGCCUCGUGUCUCCGUGUCCGGACAUUCUACGACUUCAAAGAUCAGACAUUUGGCAUCGAAGAUCAUAAAAGGUACUUGGCUGAACGUGAAUUUGAAGCUCUGAAAGAACGUGUGGCAGGAAAAAGAAAGGGCUUUAGAAGAGUUGCCUGCAUCAAUGCUACAAUGCCGAUGUCAUCAGUGUUAAACGUCUCUGAUGACUUGUGCGCAUCUUGCAAUUUUUCACAAAAUGGAGAAGAUCGAGUUGUUGUUGGGACACUAGAUCUAAAUCAGUGCAUCAGCCUCCCAGAUGAAAUAACAGGAAUGAAGCCUAAGGGAAUUGGAGCUGAUUUUGCUAGGGCAUACAUUAGCAAUGUAUGUGUGGCCAAAGAACUGCAUCGUAAUGGUUUGGGCUAUGAGCUGAUUGCAGAGUCAAAGGUGGUUGCUGAAGACUGGGGAAUAAGCGACUUGUAUGUUCACGUUGCUGUGGACAAUGAGGCAGCCAAGAAUCUAUACUUGAAAAGUGGUUUCACUUUAGAAAGUGAUGAACCUGCAUGGCAAGCCAGGUUCUUGGAUCGGCCCCGUAGGCUUCUUCUGUGGACAGGUCUUCCCAUCACAUACAAAUUGUAAUGGCUUGAACCCUUUGUCAUACUCACUUUUCCCGCUUUGUAUGUCUGUAAUACUACAUUCUUGUAUCAUGUCCUCUGCACGCUUUUUUUAACACAACAAUUAUGUUCCACGUCGAAGUAGAUGGACUUCAUCAGAAACAAGGUAGUCUCCCUUCAAUCAUAGAAAUACUUACAUCUUAUGAUUCUUGUUUUCUGUUUGAACGAUGAGCAACGGAAUACAGAAAAGAACGUCUUCAAGUUA